GGAGUCCAACAGGUCACCACUACCCCCACCGGCGCCGCACUUGCAGCCGCCGCCCGCCGCCUCCCCCGUUCCUCCUCCUCGAGGUUUGCUCUCCGCCCCCGCCGCGUCGGCGCAUCCACUCCCAACCUCCAUCGACGACGCUGAGGCGUCCUCCUCGCGGGCCGCUCGAUUCAUCGCCUUCCUUCCUUAUCGCUGGCCUCGGCCUUCCUCUCUGCCGAGAAGGUGGGAGAAGCGACCCGCGCAGGCGCUCGGUCCAGAAGCCGGGGCCACGACGCAGAGGCGAGCGCGACGGCCGGCGAGACGGUGCCGAGGGUCGCGAGGCCGCCGCCGCACUGAGUUUGCUAAACCCGGCUACAGCGUGGGGGUUUUUGGUCGGGAGGUGGAGAAGCGGAGGUGAGGUUAUGGCUGCGCCGAAGAAGGGGACGGCGACGCCGCUGGGCGCCGUAUUCUCGCCGGAGGAGACCAAGAGGGCCGUGGCGAGGGUGUCCGAGUCCAUCGCGGACCGCCGCGCCGAGCUCGGGCGCCUCCAGGGCUUCGUCGCCGACAACGCCGCCCUCGUCUCCCUUGUCAACAGGCUUCCCGAUGAACUCUCACACGAAAUCAUGGUUCCCUUUGGUGGUGCCGCAUUUUUCCCUGGGCGUUUGAUCCACACAAAUGAACUCUUGGUACUUCUAGGAGAGGGGUACUAUGCUGAGAGGUCUGCUAAGCAGACAACUGAUAUUUUGCAUAGGAGGGGGGUGGAGUUGGAAGCUCAAGUGGAAGCAAUGAAGGCAACUAUCUCUGACCUUGAAACUGAGGCAAAAUUCUUUGAGUCAACUGCAGCCGAGGCUUCUGAGGGUCUAGUUGAAAUCAGGGAAGAGUAUGAUGAAGACACAGCGAGUAAUUCAUCAAAAGAUGCUUCAGUUGCUAUAGGGGGCAUGUCAGAUAAAGAUAAGGAACAUGCUCGGAUAAUGGCAAGGUUAGAUGAACUAGAAAUGGAAGAAAGGGAAGCUGGAAGUGCUUCUGAAGAAGAAGAUGACGGGGUUGCUGGAACAAGUGAGGAUGGUGAGGAAAAUGAGGAAUCUGGAAAUGCUUUAAGUGAUGGCAAUGAGCACCAGAGUUCCAGUUUUGGCACUUCAUUUUCUAGAAAUGGUGGCGAUGAUGACGACGAUGAAGACGACGGGGGUGCUGGUACAAGUGAGGAUGAUGAGGAAUCUGGAAAUGAUUUAAAUGAUGGCAAUGAUAGGAGUCAGGGGAAUAUCCUGCUGAAGAGUGCACUAAAGAAGCCUGGAGGCAUCUCUCAUACACCAUCAGCCCACACAUCUAAUCCAGUAACAAAUUCUGAAGUCCGGGUUCGUAAAGCUGUUUCUUUUGAAGACGACAAACAUGUAGUUGGUUCGUCAAAGUCUCCUUCCUUGCCACUGGAUCCACCUUACCCUGCUCCAGGGCUCAAGGGUUCUUCAGACCCACCUCCAUCUCGUGAGAGAAAGAUAAUAUCAAGUGGGCGACAGGCCUUCACAGGAUCCAUUAUUGAACGUGAUGACAAUCUUUUACCCAUUCAACCUCCAGGCGGCAGUUCUUUUGCGAAACCUGGUACCUCUGCUUCUUCAAGGCCCAUGUCUAGAUUUAAGAUGCAGAUGCAGAUGCAGAAAGGAGAGCGGUGAUUCUCCACACCAGGAUGGAUCUUUGUGGCCGGUACCUGCAUCUGGGACAAUCACGAUAAGCCGUAUUGUCAAUACUGUACGCUCUACGCACGAAAUUUAUCUGAUCAAUAUUCAUCAACACUGUAUCCACUUGCUGAGCACCUGGGAAGGAAACAUGUUUUUGUGGUUCUUAUUGUGGAGUGCACGUUCAGUGAAACUGUUUGUGGAUACAUGGCAUGUUCAGUUAAGUUGUCGGUGA